AUGGUGGAGUCCAGCCUGGCUCUGUCAGCAACAUCACUGGACCAUGAACUCAGCCGAGACCUUUUCACUUUGUAUAGCCUUAUCAAAGACACCCUGCUCCGGUCCCCAGACCGCAGUGCCCUCCAGACCCCAGGCCACUCUAGUCCCCAGACCCCAGUCCCCUCCAGUCCCCAGACCCCAGUCCCCUCUAGUCCCCUCCAGUCCCCAGUCCCCAGACCCCAGUCCCCCAGUCCCCAGACCCCAGUCCCCAGUCCCCUUCAGUCCCCCAGUCCCCAGACCCCAGUCCCCUCCAGUCCCCUCCAGUCCCCCAGACCCCAUCCCCCAGUCCCCAGACCCCAGUCCCCUCUAGUCCCCUCUAGUCCCCUCCAGUCCCCAGACCCCAGUCCCCUGUCCCCUCCAGUCCCCCGACCCCAGUCCCCUCUAGUCCCCUUCAGUCCCCCAGUCCCCAGACCCUCCAGUCCCCUCCAGUCCCCUCCAGUCCCCCAGACCCCAGUCCCCUCCAGUCCCCAGACCCCAGUCCCCUCUAGUCCCCUCCAGUCCCCCAGUCCCCAGACCCCAGUCCCCUCUAGUCCCCUCAGUCCCCAGUCCCCAGACUCCAACCCCAGUCCCCCAGUCCCCAGACCCCAGUCCCCUCUAGUCCCCUUCAGUCCCCCAGUCCCCAGACCCCAGUCCCCUCCAGUCCCCUCCAGUCCCCAGACCCCAGUCCCUUCCAGUCCCAAGACCCCAGUCCCCUCUAGUCCCCAGUCCCCCAGUCUCCAGACCCCAGUCCCCUCCAAUCCCCAGACCCCAGUCCCCUCUAGUCCAGUCCCCCGACCCCAGUCCCCUCCAGUCCCCUUCAGUCCCCCCAGUCCCCAGACCCCAGUCCCCUCCAGUCCCCUCCAGUCCCCCAGACCAGUCCCCAGUCCCCAGACCCCAGUCCCCUCUAGUCCCCUCCAGUCCCCCAGUCCCCAGACCCCAGUCCCCUCUAGUCCCCAGUCCCCCAGUCCCCAGACUCCAGUCCCCUCCAGUCCCCUCCAGUCCCCUCAGUCCCCAGUCCCCUGUCCCCUCCAGUCCCCCGAUCCCAGACCCCUCCAGUCCCCAGACCCCUCCAGUCCCCAGUCCCCUCUAGUCCCCUCCAGUCCCCCAGUCCCCAGACCCCAGUCCCCUCCAGUCCCCAGACCCCAGUCCCCUCUAGUCCCCUCCAGUCCCCUCCAGUCCCCAGUCCCCCAGACCCCAGUCCCCUUCAGUCCCCAGACCCCAGUCCCCUCUAGUCCCCUCCAGACCCCCAGUCCCCAGACCCCAGUCCCCUCUAGUCCCCUCCAGUCCCCAGACCCCAUCCCCCGACCCCAGUCCCCUCUAGUCCCCUUCAGUCCCCCAGUCCCCAGACCCCUCCAGUCCCCCAGACCCCAGUCCCCUCCAGUCCCCAGACCCCAGUCCCCUCUAGUCCCCUCCAGUCCCCCAGUCCCCAGACCCCAGUCCCCUCCAAUCCCCAGACCCCAGUCCCCUCCAGUCCCCUCCAUUCCCCAGACCCCAGUCCCCUCUAGUCCCCUCCAGUCCCCCAUCCCCUCUAGUCCCCUCAGUCCCCAGUCCCCUCUAGUCCCCUUCAGUCCCCAGACCCCAGUCCCCUCUAGUCCCCUUCCCCAGUCCCCCCAGUCCCCUCCAAUCCCCAGUCCCCUCCAGUCCCCCGACCCCAGACCCUUCCAGUCCCCAGACCCCUCCAGUCCCCCAGUCCCCUCCAGUCCCCCACCCCAGACCCCUCCAGUCCCCAGACCCCAGUCCCCUCUAGUCCCCUCCAUCCCCCGACCCCAGACCCCUCAGUCCCCCGACCCCAGUCCCCAGUCCCCUCAGUCCCCCGACCCCAGACCCCUCCAGUCCCCAGACUCCUCCAGUCCCCAGUCCCCUCCAGUCCCCUGA